GCUGCCGGGAGCGCGCGUCAGUGUUUUCAGUCCGAGUGCUGAGCGGCUGGUAGGCAGCUCUUAAAAAACAGAGGAAAAAGGUAGAGAAGUGCUGUGUAGGGAUUAAAACAGAUCAAAACCCCCAGAAAAAAGUCAACCCUUACCCUCUCCCCUCCUCAAUCAGCUGUCAACCCUGUCUUCAGGUCUGUGAGUGUUUUUGCUUCGUAGGAUGUCGUUGGAUUUGUGACAUUACAAUCAGAUUCAUUACUUAAGAUCUCCAUAAGAAAGUACUUUCCUGUAAGAAGAUUAAAGAUCCAGGCUGACCCAAAAGUCAACUUUUAGUUUGUUCUUCCAGGAACAUGAACUAGCACCAGAGAAGAGGGCACUGAAAAGAGAGAAGGAUCUCUGGGGUAAACAGCAUUUUGUGAAACAGAGAAGCUUCUCCUGAACUCUUUUGGAAAUUGUAAUGGAUGAAAUCUGAACAGACUUGUACAGAUUGACACUGAACUUUGACAAUGAACUUGGUGAUUGAGAAGUGAAACUUCUCAAUGAAUGUAGUAGAAUGCAGUAAGCAAGGGGUAUCUCAUGAAUAGCUCUACGAAAAAUGUCCGCCUGCAACACCUUCACUGAGCACGUGUGGAAGCCUGGUGAAUGCAAGAACUGUUUUAAACCCAAAAGUUUGCAUUGUUUAUCUGCUGCCACUGAAACCCCUCCUCUUUCGCAUAAGAAUUUAAAAACUAAUGCUAACCAUAGCAACAACCACCGGGGUAGGUCAGGCACUGGUAACUUCCGACCUCCUGUUGCCAAGAAGCCAACAAUUGCUGUGAAGCCCACCAUGAUGGUCAUGGAUGGACAGACUGUGAGUACAGAAAUGGAGGUAUUGGAAAGCUGUGAAAAUAAGCAACGAUGGAAUAGGAAUGGUGUUCUUCUCAACAGGAAACCAGUGAACAAUAACAACAAUGAAGAGAACAACAGCAAUACUCAAAGGGCUUGUAAGCCAGACAGAGGUUUUAACAAUAGAAUACCCAACAACAAUAAUAAUGGAUUAACUGAUGUGUUGAAGGAAAUUGUUGAAUUUGAGCCUGAGCCACACUUGCAAAGCAAAGAAUGUGACAGAGAGUCUUUUCUUGGAAGGAUUAAUAAAUGUUAUCAGCGGUCAUUGGAAAGGAAGCUUCCUCCUAGCUGUAUUGUGGCAGGUAUGAAAGAGAAUGCAGGUAAACAUGUAAUGCUCAGCAGCAGCUCUGAUAUCAUCAGCAAUGAAGGAGGACUCUUCUGCUACCCAGACUGCUCCUUUAACAGUGAUCAAGGAGUGGAUAAUGAACCAAGUGAGAAUGCAACUGAAGAGCGAGAAAGUUGGGAUGAAAGUGAUGAAGAGUUGCUGGCAAUGGAAAUACGUAUGCGUGGUCAACCACGUUUUGCUAAUUUUAGGGCCAACACACUCUCUCCUGUCAGGUUCCGUGGUGAUAAAAAGUGGAACACAGUGCCGUUACGAAAGCAGUCAUUGCAGAGAAUUUGUGCUGUUGACUACGAUGAUAGUUAUGAUGAAAUUCUAAAUGGAUAUGGUGAUGAAACAUUGAUCCCAUAUGGUCAGGAUAGUAUGCCAAGCAUAUUAUCUUCUGAAUCUCCAUCUCCUGAUUCCUCGAUGACAGAGGGAUCUCAAACUGGAACGACCAAAACCAUACAUCAACAACUUUGUAAUGGUGAUCUGUCUUCAAGUGACUGCAAAAGUACCAAGUUUAUAGAACCAGAUUAUGAAAGUAUAAGUGAAAAUGGACAGAUUUCCCAAGUAAAGCAAGCUCCAUUUAAACCAGCAAGAGGCACAGCAGCAAAGUCUCUAGAAACUCAUAAAGCUGUUCUUGCAUUGAGGUUGGAAGAGAAGGAUGGGAAGAUAGCACUACAAAGUGAGAAGCAGGAAUUCACCAUGAAUUCCACAGAAUGCUCUGGGCAAACUGUGACAAUUAAUAUUAUUCCAAAGGAAGAACAAGCAAAGCCAUACAGAGUUGUGGAUUUAGAACCACCAGGGAUGUGCAAACCGUACACUGUAGUUGACGUAUCUGCCUCAAUGAACAAUAAAAAGACUGAUAGUUCAUCCGAAUCUCUCCAAUCUGCAAAGACUUCACCAGUGAGUGCAAACCCACCCACAUCACUCUCAAGUCAGAUAAGCAACCAGAAAAAGUCAAGUAUUACCAGAUAUCAAGAAGUGUGGACUUCUAGCACUAGCCCGCGACAGAAAAUGCCCAGAGUGGCUUUAAUGUCAAGUAGUUCUGGUCCUACACCACCUCCAAGACACAUGAGUCAUAAAUCAGCUCCUACGUCACCAACUACUUCAAAUGUUACUUCAAAAACUAUUCCUGUGAAGUCUCCAAAUCUGUCUGAGAUCAAGUUCAAUAGUUAUAAUAAUGCUGGAAUGCCCCCUUUCCCCAUCAUUAUACAUGAUGAACCAACAUAUGCGCAGAGUUCAAAGCACAAGGCUAUAAAAGUACCAAUAGUAAUUAAUCCAAACGCUUAUGACAACUUGGCCAUUUAUAAAAGCUUCUUGGGUCCAAGUGGAUCCCAUUUGAAAAAGGAAUCUUUAGAAAACGUGGCAAGUCAUACAUAUGAAGAAAUCGGAUCAACAGUAAGGAAAUCUACAGAUGUGCCCCAAGUAAAAGGGCCAGGCUGUAGCACAGAACGAAAGGUGUUUGGCUCUGUUGCACAGAAAGUGCAGGAGUUCAACAAUGCCCAAAACAAAGCGCAAAUUCUGUCUCAGUCCUCACCACAUAAAAACUUUGGAUCCAAUCACAGCUCUCCUUCUAGGAUUCAGAGAGCUACUCAAGAUUCACCAGCCAGAAGGGAAGAAACUCCAGAAAGGCAGACAUCAUCAGCAAGCAGGGAAAAUGCAAGCACUGUGCUUUCACAAAUUGUUGCAUCUAUUCAACCCCCACAAUUGCCACCUGAAAAUCCUCAGACACAAUCUAAAGCCAGUAGUGCAGAAGAACUUUACUCUCAGCCACCUGCCAUCUCAGAAGGCAAUGGAGAUGUCCAUGUCCGCCCAAAGUCAUUAUUUUCCCCAGAGGCAAAUAGUGAAACUGAAGUAUCCAAAGUGAUGGACAACACUCUUGCAAAAGGACAAAAAGAAAGCAUUCUAACAAAGCAGGUCACUGUCCCCACAUCUAAACCAAGUACUGUACAAUUUCCUGGUGCAACCAGCUUGAGCCCUAAAAGCGAACAACUGCCCCCAUUUCCUCCUCCACGUUCUACAUCAUCCCCUUACCAUGCCAGCAAUCUUCUGCACAAGCACUUCAGUAACUGGGGGAAGCCAACUAGUCCUGUACGGACACCCGAGAUCGAAUCCGCACCACUGAAUCCAGAGGGUCGCCAACGCUUGCAGGAGGCCAAACCAAAGCGAUGGAUCUCAUUCAAAAGCUUUUUCCGUCGCCGUAAAACUGACGAAGAAGAGGAGAAAGAAAAAGAUAAAGACAAAUUAAUUGGACUAAAUGGACGGGUAAUACACAUGCUGCCACCGCCCCCCAUACAACGACAUCACCUUUGCAGUGAUCAGAAGAUGUUAGAACCAUCUGAGAAGCUGACUGCCAUACUGAGUUAUAAACAGGAGCUUGGACUUGAUGGUGUAAAGACUGAUGCUGACAAACUGGAUGUCGUUGGAAUAGACACUGAAACCCACUCUACUGGCAGUGAAGCACAUGGCAUGGUAUCUGGAUUGCAGGACAAUGAGAAGCCUGCAAUGGAUGUUUCUGAAAGUGAAAAAGAAACUGUAAGCAGUCAAAAUUCUCCCCCACCACCUCCACCAAAGAAAUGUAACAACCUUCCGGGUGAGGUGACCGUUGAAGACAUGCCACCACAAGUAUCAGAAGUUCAAAGAUCAGCAUCAACGAACCAAGAAACGCCUGGCACAAUGACUUUGAUGCUGGUCAAUGCAGGAUCUCAGGACGAUAAGGACGCAGGCAGUGAAUCCACUGAUGAAAGUAUCAGCAGCGCUACUUAUAGUAAUUUGGCAAAAUCACAGAGCUGGCGGGCUGUGGAUGGAAGCUCAGAGACUCCAGGAACCACUGCUUUAUUGAGGGCUGCAGGGCAAUCGCGGGCCAACAUGAUACCCCUGAAGCAGCCAAGACAAGUAAAAGGAGCUUCGGAUGAUGCCAUUGCAUUUGUGGGAUCUACAGAACAGGAAACCAUGUCAGACAGUCAGCCAACUCCACCACCUCUUCCAAAGAAGACCAUAAUCCGUGCGAAUACUGAUCCCACAUCAAAGGACCAUGCCCAGAAAAAGAUAGACGGAAGAAAUUCUGGACACAAUGUGAAUUUGGCAAAUCCAUUGUAUGACAUAGAGUAUCCUGGGGAUGCAAACUGGGAUGCAUCAAGCGCUUGUUCCUCACUCAGUUCAGAUGCCAGACUCUGUGACAAUGAGUCAGGCGACUCACUGGAACGAGCAGUGAGCAAGUCGAUGACAAAGGCCAGAGCAUCAUCAACAGUCAACAGUACAUGCAGCCUCACUAUGAGCAGCUGUAAGGAGGGGUACUCAAACAGCUUGGAUUCACUCUCCGAGAAGAAUCGUAUUCCUCAGAGACCUGGUAAAAGUAUACAAAAACCACAAAGGCACACACUGUACAAAGGUAUUGAGAACAAAGAGGAGGUAAUCAUGAAGAUUCGAAACCUCCAUACAGAAUCACUGCGGAAACUUGCAGGUAAAUGUGAGGACAGGUUUAUGGAGGGCCAAAAGAACCAGCUUCGCUUUGGAUUGGACAACUGGUCAGACUUCAGACUGACAAGUGAUAAACCUUGCUGUGAGGCAGGUGAUGCAGUUUACUACACAGCUUCCUACGCUAAGGACCUUCAUAACCAAUAUGCAAUCAAGAUUUGUAAAAGUCAAGCUAAAGCAUCCCAACAGCUCUACUACCACAGCCUGGCUGUAAGACAGAGCCUUGCCGUACACUUCAACAUCCAACAGGACUGCGGGCACUUCCUAGCUGAGGUCCCAGUCCGCAUGCUUCCAUGGGAGGAUCCCAACACCCCAGUAUUAGAAGAGGAGGAAAAUGAAGGUAGUUCAGAUGUUUCAAGCGCCAUAAAAAGCAACAACCCCACCUGCAAGGGAACAUCCAGCAAACACAGAAGCCGAGUCGUGGUGAUCACCCGAGAGGUCCCAUACCAAACCGUUGCUGACUUUGUGCGUGAAUCAGCACCACGACACACAAGAAACCCUGAAAUCUAUGAGCGACAAGUGUGCUUACUACUGUUGCAACUCUGUGCCGGCCUCAAUCACUUAAAGCCACACCAUGUUACACACUGUGACUUGAGGCUGGAGAAUUUGCUUUUGGUGCGAUGUCGACAAGGAACCUCAGGAAAUUGUGAAUCCGAAAAUACUAACCCAAACGCACAGUUGGCCCGACUGAUUGUCAGUAACUUUUCCCAGGCCAAGCAGAAAAGUCAGGUGAUAGAUCUUGAGGCCUUGAAGGAUCAGUCUCGGCUAGCUCCCGAGAUCAUCACCAUCACUCAGUACAAAAAGUGUGAUGAGUUUCAAACAGGCAUACUCAUUUAUGAGAUGUUGCACCUACCCAAUCCAUUUGAAGAAAAUCCAGAACUGAAAGAGAAGGAAUACACUCGAACAGACCUACCUGCCAUCCCUAAUCGCUCCGUCUACUCCCAGGGGCUGCAGCAGCUGGCAAGUCUCCUCUUGCACCCUAAUCCCUCAGAGCGCAUCCUCAUUUCAGAUGCCAAAGUCUACCUGCAGUGCCUGCUAUGGGGACCACGUGAUGACUUGCUCCAAACACUCAACUCUCUCAACAGCACUGUAGAGAGAAAUAAUGUAUUGCAAAGCUGGCUGGACCUAAAACGAACGCUACUUAUGAUCAAAUUUGCAGAGAAGGCCAUAGAUAUAGAGUGCAGUGUUAGCCUUGAGGUCUGGCUUUGUUGUCAGUACUUGGCCUUUGCUUCAGUCGAAUCCCUCAGUCACAUUGUGAAGCUCCUCCAGCUCCAGUAAUCUGUGACUGCUGCUUGCUUUCCCUUCCUCGCCUUCCUCUUCCCUUUACUCUCCCACCAAAUUUGGAUUAAUGUGCAAUUUUUGUAAAUGUUCUGACUUUGUAAAUGGCAGUAUUUAAAGUGUACGUAAUAGAUUUCUACAUUUUGGAAUGUGAUGCCUAUAUUAAGCAACAAAUGUUUUUUUUUCCGUUUUUUUUUCCUUAGGCACAUAUGCAAGCUCUAACUUGCUCUUAAAAUGGAUGCUCUGACGUUUGUUGUUGAAGCUAUGACAAUUUGUAUGUUUACUUAUAUCAUGCCUUGAAAAAACAAAACUACAGCCACUUUGCGAAAAAUGCAUUAUUGGGUCAGUUGCACAAAAACAUAUUGUCAGACAAAUGUAACUUUGGUUUAUCAGAUCUUUGGCAGGGCUGCUAGGAGUGGGGAAAAAUAUUUGCAGUCAGUUAACUUGUUUUGCUGGUUUCGGCCUUUUCGCUGCUCCAUUGUAGAGUUGGGUCAAUGGCGAUCGUGGAGUACUUGGAACCCCAUGUUGUUGUGCUAUGACAUCCCAACUAAAACACUAAGAAUACAGACAAACCAUAGUGAAAAGAUGGGAGUUGAAGUGAAGCUGGAGCAUGGUGGUUAUUAAAUAUAUUGGUGUUUAGGGAUGCAGAAUUAGAAAUCGUAGAAGUCUUUACCCUGUAUGGUAGUCAUAUCUUUGAAAGUCUUCCUGGUGAUAACAUCUUUUGUGAUUUUAUUGCAGUUGAGAUAGACAUAAUAAAUCUUGAGCAUGGCCUUUUAUAAUAGCACGAGUUGCAGUAUCAUUAAUUUCCUGUCUCUGCCAGUUUUAUUUUGCAGUAAAAAAUAUGGUUUAUCUUUUAAAAUAACAAAAAAUCAUUUUAGCGUAAUAAUUUAACAAUUCUUUGUUGGAUUACUUAAUGCAUGGAUUGUUUGGAUUUGAAGGCAGAUUGGUGAGCUUGGCAUCAUUUGACUGAACAGGGGACACCGAUUGGUGUCAGUAGUUUCACUGAUACUCUUUAGAAAUUUUUCAGCUAGUGGUCCCUUCCUGAAUGUGUUAGUGUACCAUGUGGAAGUUUAGAGCAAUACCAUGAAAAUUGUAGCCAGAGGGCAUGAAUAAUCCCAAAAUGAUUUUCUUUUCUGAAAUGGAACAAGAGGUCAACCUGGAUGUUGCCUGGUUGCAGCAUUACCACUGAUCUGUGAAGAGUACAAUGAGCUGCCUGCAUCUUUGGUUCAAGAGGCAUACUGUCCUGAUCUGUGUUCUUAACUUUUCUUUCAUGGAGCAGCCUUGUGCGACAGAUAUUUGUUGACUGUAAUUCUAAUCCAUUCUAUAUUUUGAAGUGAUUGUGUAUAUGUGGAAAGAGUUCCCUGUUUUGAGUGGCGUGUAUAUAUACAUACUAAAAGGGAACAGAUAUGUCAACAUAUCAGUAUUACUUUACAGCAGCUUAACUGAUCUGAAUAUUUAUCAAUAGAGGCAGAAGACAUUGGUCAUUUUUUUCUGGCAUGCUGUAAUAUGCUAUGAGUUAUAAUUAGUUGUCUACGGCUAUAUGUAUCCAUUGUACCCGGUGUGGCCUCCUCUACAUUGGGGAAACCAAGCGGAGGCUCGGGCACUGCUUUGCAGAACACCUCCGCUCGGUUCGCAAUAAACAACUGCACCUCCCAGUCGCGAACCAUUUCAACUCCCCCUCCCAUUCUUUAGAUGACAUGUCCAUCAUGGGCCUCCUGCAGUGCCACAAUGAUGCCACCCAAAGGUUGCAAGAACAGCAACUCAUAUUCCGCUUGGGAACCCUGCAGCCCAAUGGUAUCAAUGUGAACUUCACCAGCUUCAAAAUCUCCCCUUGCCCCACCGCAUCCCAAAACCAGCCCAGUUCGUCCCCUCCCCCACUGCAUCCCAAAACCAGCCCAGCCUGUUUCUGCCUCGCUAACCUGUUCUUUCUCUCACCUAUCCCUUCCUCCCACCUCAAGCCACACCUCCAUUUCCUACCUACCACAUCAUCCCACCUCCUUGACCUGUCCACUUCCCUGGACUGACCUAUCCCCUCCCUACACCCCCACUUAUACUCUCCUCUCCACCUAUCUUCUUUUCUCUCCAUCUUCAGUCAGCCUCCCCCUCUCUCCCUAUUUAUUCCAGAACCCUCUCCCCAUCCCCCUCUCUGAUGAAGGGUCUAGGCCCGAAACGUCAGCUUUUGUGCUCCUGAGAUGCUGCUUGGCCUGCUGUGUUCAUCCAGCUUCACACUUUGUUAUCUUGGAUUCUCCAGCAUCUGCAGUUCCCAUUAUCUCUGAUUAGAUUUCUGUUUUCUUGAUUUAACAAAAGCAAACAAAGCAUCAGCUAAAAUUGUACUUUACCCAGUUACUUGGAGUAAGUAGAAGCUGGGAAGAAAAACUUUUGUUUCAACUGACUGCUAGCAAAUGGAACAGACAUACUCUUGUGUCUCCAGCCUCUUGUGCUUCAAAACAACUCCUCAAGUGUUAUUGUAUGAAUAUUUCACUGAUACUACAUGAAAUUCUUUUUGAUUCCUUCUUUUUUAAAAGAAAGUAAUUACAAAAUCAAACAUGCCAAAUUCUCUAUUAAAAUGGUCAGCAGAACGUCAUGCAAUUGUUGGCAUGCUCAUAUGUAGUCUCAAGAUCCUAUUUUAAACUAUGAAUGGAUCAGAUUCGUACAGCAAAACUUUGUGGCUUUCUGCGACUGAGUGAAAUUUUGACCUUCAAGUGGUGAACUUUUAAUAAAAUUGCAUGUACCAGAGGCCAAGUUGCAUUUUGUAGCCACUCCAGAUGUAAGUGUUGCCCCUUAGUGCAACUGUCACAUUUCCUGUCUGAAAUCUGCAAAAAUGUAGCUCUUGAAUUUCAAUAACCUCGAAGCUCUUUCCCAAACAUGUGAUUGUACUUUCUCCCCAUUAGAGCAUUUACAGUGUGAAAUGAUGAUCAUCAACACUCAGCCAUUAUUUUCAUUUUAACCACCUGUUAGAAUGGGAAUAUUUGUCAGACUCAUUUGUUUACAUUUGAAUUCCAUCCCUUCCUUGUGGCUAGUCAGAGCAGUGGAAAUGCUGGGAGGAUUAUUGAUAUUUUAUAGAUGGACUGGAUACACAAAAACUAAUACUACUCCUUGGGUGAAUUCAACCUCCCAUCUUAAUUCAUUAUGUGCUUUCUCUCUCUGAAGAUUUAAGCUGUCCUACCUUUCUUUUAAGCUGGCGAUACAAACAUCCCAGUUUGUAUUCACAACCAGAACUAUUCUCUGCCCACCCCCCACCUCUGCCCCCAACCCCAAAGACGUACACAAAACAGUGACAUCUUGCAUUGUUUUUCCGCUAUCAUGGUGUCAUUCACAGAUCUGAUCACUUUCUUCCCUCAUGCCUCUUUUUUUUUGUUGUACCCGCUGAGGGAAAGCAACACUUAAGACAGUACACUCAAAAUCCUAACGGCCUGGUCUUCUGUCCAUCAUAUGCCGCUACCAGUCUGCUAAUGCUUUUGUUGUCCCAGUCAUUCUGAAAACCAUUAGCCUCUUGUUCUGGUGGAUCCCUCAUUUUCAACUCAUUAUGUCGAAGGAACGCAGAUUUGAAUGGAUAUGAUGAGAUAAAAAUGAGAAGAACUGUGGAUGCCAUAAAUCAGAAGCAGAA